UUCAGAGCUACGCUGAUACCGUACGGCAGAGUGGGCGGGAGGGCCGCGCUUACGCCCUUCGAUAUAUGUGAAUAGCUUUGAUAACAUACGGAUUGCGCGCUGGGCUCCGGGAGACGCCGCUAGGGAGUCUCUCUGAUAGAAAACGUCGUUUGAGCCUCUAGUCGUUAUUGAAAGUGAAACAAUGGCCGCAGUGUUGGGGGCAUUUUCUAUCGGCAGCUGGUCCUUUUUUAGCAUUGACACCAAUCUUGAUGGCGACCUGGUGAAGGUGGUUAACCUCAAACACCGCUGUAACAAAGAGUGAGCUAUUGGCUAUUCCCUGCCUGUGUGGUGGAGCCAUGUGCAUUCAGUGUGCAUGCUGUCCCAUCAGUCGCAACUCUACAGUGACACGCAUCAUCUACGCCUUCAUCUUGCUGCUGGGGACCCUCGUAUGCUGUGUAAUGCUUUCACCGGGAGUUGAGCACCAGCUGAAGAAGAUUCCCAGCUUCUGUGAAGGAGGGGCUGGUUCCUCUAUACCUGGCCUCUACGGCCAUGUCAGUUGUGAGAUUUUUGUGGGUUACAAGGCUGUCUACCGCAUCUGCUUUGGAUUGGCUGUAUUCUUCUUGGUCUUCUCUAUCUUCAUGUUCAAAGUCAAGAGCAGUCGAGACCCACGGGCAGCUAUCCAGAAUGGGUUUUGGUUUUUCAAGGUUGCUGCCAUCAUUGCUGUGACAGUUGGUGCCUUUUACAUCCCGGAUGGACCCUUCACCCGGUUUUGGUUUACUUCAGGAGUCAUCGGUGCUUCCAUUUUCAUCUUGAUCCAACUGAUCUUCCUGGUUGAUUUCGCCCACUCUUUGAACGAGUCCUGGAUGGGCAAGAAAGAAGAAGGGAACUCCAGAGGCUGGUUUGCAGCCUUGUGCUUGGUGACUGGUGUCAGCUACGCCUUGUUUGUCACCGCCGUCGUCCUGCUCUACGUGUUCUACACCCAGUCUGAAGGUUGCAGGCUGAACGUGUUCUUCAUCACCUUCAAUGUCCUCCUGUGCAUCGUUGGCUCCAUCAUUUCAGUCCUGAAUAAGGUGCAGGAAUUUAAUCCCCAUUCCGGCCUGCUGCAGUCCUCCAUAAUUUCCCUGUACACCAUUUACCUGACCUGGUCUGCUAUCACCAACGAGCCUGAUCGUAAUUGCAAUCCUGGUCUGCUCAGCAUCUUGCAGCUGACUGCAGAACCCACGCUUUCACCCUUGGCUGUGGAAAACCAGACAGAAGUUAUGCUGUUUAGCACUGAGGUGCCCAUCCCCUCCACCCCGUACCUGCCAUGGUGGGACGCCCAGAGCAUCGUGGGACUCUUCAUUUUUGUCGUCUGCAUUCUUUUCUCGAGCAUCCGGUCCUCCAGCACCAGCCAGGUGAACAAGCUGACCCUGUCUUCCAAUGACACGGUCAUCCUGGAUGACUGUGCGGCGAGCACCCCCGAUGAGGCGGAUGAGUCCAGCGGGCCCAGGCGCUUUAAGGAUAACGAGACGGACACCAUCCAGUACAAUUACUCGGUCUUUCAUUUAAUGCUCUUUCUGGCCUCGCUCUACAUAAUGAUGACAUUGACAAACUGGUACAGCCCCGACGCACAUUACAACACCAUGAAGAGCAAGUGGCCAGUCGUCUGGGUGAAGAUGGCGUCCAGCUGGGUUUGCAUAGCCCUCUACCUGUGGACGGUCGUGGCUCCAUUGGUGCUCAGAAAUCGAGACUUUAAUUAAAGCCCGUGGUGCCCCACUCUGCCCACCGCCACCAUCUCAGCAGCCAGAGCUUUCAAACUUCACACUAACCAGAUGCUAGUAAUUUGACUUUUCUUUAAUGAAUGCUGUUUGACUACAUGACAAUGGGACCAUUUCAAAUGUUUUGUAAGUAACCUGGCAUCCGGUCCAGGGUAUAUACUCCUCCCAUGUGCCCCGUUCUGCCUAGGAUAGGGUCCAGGAUGGAUGCGUGCUAUUCAGCACCUUUUAAUAAACUAAGUAGAGUUAUGUUUCAGUCCAAAAUAACUGCAUAGUACAAGCUCUCGUAUCUGCCAUUCAAGUAACCGGGACAAUUCUAAAAUCAAUAUCAAAAUAAAAAAUUCACUGUGAGUAAUGACACAGUUCUAUUAAGAAUUUACACUAAACUAAAAAUAAGAGUAUUGCGCAAUACAAAUGUCAGUUUCUGCACAUACUCACAGAUGGUAUAAUAGUUGUGCCUCUUGUUUUGCAGUUAUCUACCUUGUGAUUUCUUGUGUGUAUCAUCCAACAGUGAUAUUGCAGUGUGCUAAAAUAACAGUACAAUAAUCAUUAGUGCUUAUUAAAGGAUUUAAGUGUGAGAAAUGUUACAAUUCAGUUUUUCUGGAAAAUUCAACUAUCCAGCAGUACCUCAGUCCCGACGUUGCUGAAUACGAGAGCUUUCACUGUAAUUAGACGCCAGACUUGCUGAAUGAUCUAUACAGUUGAACAAUGAGGUCCAGGUUUGUUGAACAUUCCAAGAGCUUUAAUUUGCACUUUCUAUGAUUCUUGCUCCAGCAUUUUGGAAUGAGGCACAAAAUGAUAUAUGUGUGAUUUAUAUAAUGUUCAUGUCUUUUUAAAAAUUCUAUAUUUACUUCCAAAAGUUUGCCUAACCAUGUACACAGAGUAUAGUGUGUGUUGCAUGAUUCUUUAUUCUGAACCCCAAAGUUUGAUUUGUUUCAUUUAAUAUACUGAGCGCAUUUGACGCAUGUUACGAUAUGUCUGUGCUACUUAUUGCCAAGAGUAUUUGUGAACUCCUGAUUUUUAAUGUCUCUCAACUAAUAAUUUUUAAAGAAAGACAGCCAGGUGCGUGUCUGUCACAUUAUACCCAUUCCCUGUAUAUGAACUGGUUUCGAUAUACUAAUAUGGGUCCAGAGCUGUCCUCUGUCAGUGACGUGUGUCAGCAUGUAAGGAGGCGUGCAGUUCUGCAGUAUGGACCAGCCCUGCUUUUGUGUAUGGAAGGGUGUAAUGCAUUUCCGAGAUCUUAGGGUUAGGGUGACGCUCAGUAUUAAAAUUGUUCUAAACUAAAGGGUUGCAACCCAAAAGUGUCACAGGACCAUUUUCAGUGGGCUGUGGAGUGUGGUUAGAAAUGUUUUUUUUCUUGACAGUUUUUACUGCCGCAACAUCCCUUCCAGUUCAGCUAAUUUUACCACUAGGGCUGCCCUCCCUGAAGUUAGACUAUAUAUGUGUGAUUUUUUUCUGUCCUGUUUUUGUUUGAUGUUCUAUUUACUAUUGAUGCACUAUUUUUUAAAGAUAAAUUUGGCUUUAAAUUAAAAAAAUUUGGGUUGUAAGUUGAACAGGGAAAAAUGUAACGUCAUGAACAGCCCUCUGCACUUUCCUCUAGUUAAUUUGUUGGUCUGCAUCCAUGUUUAAUCUUUCAGUCAAUGCUUUAUGACUUGAUGUGUUCUUCAUGCACUUUGAACUCCUGAUGUACAACCAAAAAUAAGUACUCAAUCAUUUGAUUUAUACCAAUCUUUGUAUAUUUAUAAAUUAUGUAUUCUGAUUGGCUGAACCAAUUGUAUGCACUAUAUUUAACUGCUGUCAACUUUAGUCUUUGUCCUGAAUGUUUAAAUGAUCUGCUUUCAGCUGGUUUCAAAACUGCCACUAUGCUACAUUUUUGUUGCCAACUUUAACUGACAUUCCUGGCAAUAAACUCAUUGUAACAUCAUAUUUGA